AUGUACUCACAGCAAAGAGAAGUAUUUACAAGAGAAGAUCACGAGGUCUGCAGCCAAAAACAAUGGGCAUCCCUAGGUGCUUGGUUUUUGGGGCCCAAAGCAGAAAAUGGAGAAGUUUUUCGGGAAUUGCUGACGAAAGCUGUCGAUUCUCAUAUCGGAUUCCGUCACAGGUACUCAGUUCAAAGUAUUAUGGCAGGGGGUCACAUCUAAGGUGGUCAGGAUGCUUUCCCCAAACUAAAUAGGGCUAUAACAAGUCCUACUUCCUAUUUAUUUAUUUUUAUUUUUAAUUUAUUUAUAUCGUUACUUUAUUUAUUUAUCUAGUUUUUGCCGAAACCGUUGUCAGGUUUUUGUAACACAGGUUUUUGGAAUGUAGGAUAUUAAAGAAAUUUAUCUUUUUAACGCCGUUAAUUGUUUUAUACACAUCAGUAAACGCAGUCAGUGUCAGAAUAUAGACCAAUGUCGAUACAUUAAAAUUCACGCUCGGCUCCGAGGUCUAACGGGUUAAAACAAAAGAAAUCGCCUGGAGGUUCAGGGAUGAAUAAUACUUUUCUUUUUUUAUUCCCCGAAGCCUCGCAGCUAAGUAUGAAUUUAGUAAUAUAUCGAAAUUGGUGUAUUAGCCUUGUAUUCGUCAAAAAGAGCAAGGACAGUCCUAAAAAUAGUGCCAAUUAUAAUUUGUUCAAAAUAUUUUUCCUUUUCUGAUUGGCUUAAAUCUGCCGGUUAAUUCUUUAUAACUAGCUAAGGUUGGUCAAAUAGGGCAUUUCAGAGUUUUGCCAAGCACUUUUCAAAAAUACGGCAAGUGUAAAGGUUUUCAUGUAAAAAUAAUUGUUUAUUUUAUACAAAAAAAAAACAGCAACAAUAACUCAUUUUAAUAUAACCAUUCAUAUCCUGCUCAUCCUCAUCCAAUAAUUGUUCAUUUCAUUUAACAGUUACUUUCCCUGUGAUCCUCCUUAUGUAACAGAUGAGCUUCGGGAGGCAGGUUCCUUCAAGUAUGCCAUGGAGAAGUUGAAAUCUGAGAUGGACAAAUUGCAGAUGGAAUUAAAAAAUUCUGUUCCAUUUUUUAGUUCCAGAUACAAGGUAUAG